GAAGCGCUGUCUGCAGAAAGUCAAUUUUGCACGCAGCUGUACCGAACGCUUGUGGCGUGCUUUGAGUUUGUGUUGUUUUACGAUGGCGGAACUUUUCCCAACCACUUGCCGGUUUUGCUUGGCGCAGGAUCCAUCCACCAGAUGCUUUUUCGACGCAUUCAUUUGCAAAGAAGAACGUAGCAAAGUGCUAGCUCUGCUAGAAAUGGAGAUUCAUCCGUCGGAUGCGUAUACGAAUAUUUGUGUGGAAUGCGAAAACAACAUCGCCAUCGUCUAUAGCAUUAUUAGUGAAAUGCGAAGCAACAACAAGCUUUUCCUUGCCCUUCAAUCGCAGCAAAACGAUGCACAAUUCCAGCAGGAUAAUUAUGCCAAAUCGGAAGAUGAUAACGACGUGCCAGCCGGACCAACUGUACUUGGCCUUUGCAUAGAGAAAAUCGACUAUAGCGACGAAGAAUAUUUGUACGACAUGGACGACCAAUUGGAAGACGAGGACUCGGUUGCAUACGAAGAAAAUGAUGAUAAACAAAAUAAUUCCGCCGGCGAACCAUCGGUCGAUUCCAAUCGACCUAUCCGGGAGCAGCUAGAAUUGCCCCAUGAAGAUGAUAUCCCAUCCUCACGAUGUGGAAAGUGCUGGUUGACGCUGUACAGCGCCAACGAUUGGAAUGGCUCUUUGCGUGGUAACCAUUUUGGAUGCUUGUACUGUGCGGAGGUAUUCGCGUCGCAGACCGAUUUAGAGCAGCAUCGGGAAAGCUGUGAAGAGUAUCAGUGUGGUGGCUGUAAUCAGAGCUUCACCUUUUUGCAACAGCUGCUAAAGCACAAGUCGUGUAAGCGUAGAAAAAUGCAACGUUUGCGAAAUGUUAAACACUUGUUAAACGCUGACCAUCUGCUCGAAGAGCAAACAAACCCAUUGAGUUGUGCAGUGUGCAACGAGGAAUACGCUUGCAAUGAGGAAGUGCCGGAGGACAUCCAUGAAACACACCAGGAGAUCGACGUAAAGUGGCAUCGAUGCGAUCGGUGUCCCAAACAGUUCUUUUCGCUUACCUCCGCACGCCAUCAUCGUGCCUUGCAUACACUCCAAAAAUUCCCGCGGAAACAUCAAACUUUGUCGAAAGAAUGCAAAGAAGCGAAUCAGUCGAAAGGAUCGAACGAAUGCACCAUCUGCCGUACCGAGUUCAAGUACCAUCGCGAGCUGCUGCAACAUCUAGAAACGGCACACGAGGGCGUUUCCAUUGAGCUGUACCAAUGCACGCAGUGCGAUGGACAGUUUACCUCCCAGGCAAAGCUGGACAAGCACACGCAUAACACGCACCGGGCACGGAAGUCCCGGUACUGCUGUUCGUACUGUGGGCGCCGGUUUAACAAACGCAUCAUGCUGGUGGAUCACGAAACCGUUCACCGUGGGCAGACGAGGUACCACUGCGACACGUGCAGGCGGGGCUUCACGUACAAAAGCUCGUACGAUCGGCACAUGGAGGUGGUGCACAGUGAGGCGAAAAAUUUCUCGUGCAAAUAUUGCGCCAAGAGCUUCAAAAGGAAAUCGACAUUGAUAACGCACGUGCGGCUGCAUACGGGCGAGAAACCGUUCGAAUGCGCCACUUGUGACUUCCGUUGUAGCGACGCUAGCUCUCUCCGCAAGCACAAUAUCAAAUUCCAUUGGGCCAAAAAAGGAGAGAAGCUGUAGGUUUUCGAAUAUGUACUGGAAAUACAGCAAUGCAAAUGAUGUAUGAAAUAAUUGU